AUGUCCAACAAUGCAGACAAGAUCAAGCUCGAACUACCUUCAAAACUACGGACAUUCAGUUUUACUUUUGAAACCAAGUGGCCAGGGUCUGUGACAGUCGAAAUCUCGCUACAACGGCCCACCAAGCGGCCCAGAUUACUACAAGUUCCUGAACAUGUCGACCUCAGCGCGACCGAACCUGAAACUCCUGACCGACUUCAAGUUAUGCGCUGGCAAGAGGCCCAGAAAUAUAAAGAGGACGCAUUAUAUGGGAUGGUGUUCAAUAUUCCUGCACCGGCAGCUUGGCAGCUUCAGCCUGAGGCGGUCUACUGA